AGAAGCACUCGGGCACGCUGUGCGCUCGGCUUCCAGAGGAACUUAAAAGGCUCGAUAGGAUGCAGCGAAGGUAAGUCUGUCCCCGUCCCCCAAAAAGAGAAACCCUAAAGAUUCCCCGACUCGAUCAUUGAAUCCUUCGCUGCGCUCGCUCUCCCCCCAAUCGUAGACCCGCCGGUGAUCUGAUUCGAUCUCCGGCUCGGGGGAAGACCGGAGUAGAUGGCCCAUGGCGGCUAUGCCAGGCGUCGGGUCGAGGAGCGGCGGCCCCUCGGCCGGCGAUCGAAAGGGAUAGGAUAUGAUAAGAAGAGGAAGAAGAACAAAUCCGUCUCCCUCAAGAACCAGAUCCGGUCCACCGAGCGGUUGCUCCGCAAGUGGAUGGAAUUUUCUGACUUCUUGAUUGUUUUCAAGGACCUGCCAGUUGAAAUCAGGCAGGCUCAGCAAAAGAAACUGGAAGAACUUAAGAAGCAUCAGGAGAUCCAGAGUCGACUAACUGUAGAACGUAAAUUACAAUUGAGAGACCGAAAGAUAAAAUUUUUUGAGAGGCGAAAGAUUGAGAGGAUGAUAAGGCGGCUUGAGAAACAACAACGUUCUUCAUCUGAUCAUACAUCAGAGGGGAAAAUUUCUGAUCAGCUUUCCAAAUUAAGAGAAGAUCUUGAAUAUGUCAGGUUCUUUCCCAAGACUGAGAAAUAUGUGUCAUUGUUUGUUGGCGGAGAUAAUCCUGAUAUUGUUGAUGAGAGAAAUAAGUUGCGUAAACAGAUUAAAGCCAAUCUCAUGGCUGCCGCAGCUAGUGGAAAAGAAUUAGAAGAAACAGCAAGUGAUGAUGAUGCUUUAGAUAUGAGUGAAGACGAUUUCUUCUUGUCUGGAAGUUCAAGUGAUGAAGCAGAGGCAGAUGAUGAAUGGACUGAUAAAAGUACUAGAGAACCAGCUUCAAGUGCUUCUGGCAAAGCAGCAUCUGGCAUGUCCAGUGAUGAAAAAAAUCAGAGGCAGAUAUCAGCUCGAGUUCUCAUGCCGCCUCCUCGUUCCUUGCCUCCAAGCAGAAGCCAUUCUGUAGGUAAGGUUGAUCUGUCAACAUCCAGCAACGCAUCAAAUAGCAGAAGUGGCCCUUCCUCCAAAAACUGGAGACCUGUAAAUGCGCAUGGAGAUCAUAACAGCAACCUGAGUUCAAAUUCUGAUGCUCGUAAGCCUCGCCGGAAAAGAAGACCAAAGAAGAAAAAGCAGGCAUGAGUAAUGGCAGCCGUGAAAGGGAAUUGGACCUGAUGGUUCUGUGACAUACAUGCAUCCACACUGUUGAAUUCUAACAAAUGGAUCUUGUUGUUUGUGUGCAAAGGAUUUAGUCUAUAUCAACUGAAAGGCAAUGUUUCUCCAUAUAAGUAUAUUUUGUCUUUUUUUUUCAUGUUUUAGUUUUUCCCAUUUCUACUCCGGUCUUAUGAUGGGUUAUCUAUUUCCAAUCCAAGUUUGAUGACCA